AUGGUGCUGAAAGGCGUGGUGAUUGUUACGUUCCUUCUGAUCAGCCGCGCUGAGCGCCACCAGCACUGGGGGCCGCGGGGUGAACAGGACCCCCUCACCUGUUGGUGGGAAGUUUUUCCUCUCCACGAGCUGGGCUGUUUCCAGAAACCCACCGAGUCCCCCGUCCUUUGUUUUCCAGCCGAGUGUGGGUGGAUGCACAGUGCAUACGUCCCAGCCCCUGCCCAGAUGGGUCACAGCGUGUCCCACUGCACACCCAGGACUGAUAGGCUUGUGUGCCCUAGCCUGGAUGUCUGCCCUGAGAACUGCUGGGUGUGUGGGCUUCUACCGGUCCUUACCAGCUUGGUGGUAGUUUUGCCUCUCCUCAGGGGGCUGAGCCCUGAGUGGGGGGCACCUCAUCUUUCACUUACCCAAAGGGGAGCCCUCUUCCAUAUCUCACAGCUGGUGAGAUGCAAAACAGGAAUAUCUGGGAGACCAAACCAAGGCAGGCCCUGCUCCAGUGGACCCAGCCGGUGUAGAGGCCCCAUGGGUGAUGGCCACUCGGUGUCCUUACCACCUCCCUGCCAGCCCAGCACCUGGGAGACUUGCGGUGUUUGUCUUGAGUACAUCAUGCUUUACUCAGGCUGCCUCCCCACAGCACUGGCAGAGAACAAAGGAGAUGAUGUAUCUGGAUCCCUGAGGGAGAGAAAGCAGGCCGCCCGGAACCAUGGCUUUCACAGGCCAGAACGCCUGGGGACCACGGCAGAGUGGAGUUUGAGCCAGUCCUUCCGUUGCUGGGGUGGGGCCGGGGAGGGAAGGUGGCCUCCUCCCCAAGCCCUGCCGCUGCGAGGCUUGAGUCCACGCUUUUGUCUGGGUUCUGCAUGUCCCCCUGCUCCUGGUCUCUAG